GAGCAAAUGGCAGGAGUCGAGAGUUGAGUGUUGCUGGGUCUUUUGAUAUCAAAGAGGUAAACAACACUCUCCCCGGUGUCUUGACUUCAACAGGAGAUAGGCCUUUUCCCUGAUGAAUGCUGACAAAGUGAGUCAGGAUCUCAGUGAGUGUCUGAGUGAAGAUGGCCUUCUUCCAGAACAACUUCUGGGGGGAGAAGAAUGCCGGCUUUGACGUGCUCUACCACAACAUGAAGCAUGGCCAGCUGGCAACCAAGGAGCUAGCCGAGUUUGUCCGUGAGAGGGCCGCCAUUGAGGAGACUUACUCCAAAUCAAUGAGCAAACUGUCUAAGAUGGCGAGCAAUGGAAGUCCACAGGGGACGUUUGCUCCCAUGUGGGACGUGUUCAGGGUGUCUUCAGACAAACUGGCCCUCUGCCAUCUUGAGCUGAUGAGGAAGAUGAAUGACCUCAUCCGAGACAUCAACAAGUACGGAGACGAGCAGGUCAAAAUUCACCGCAAGACAAAGGAGGAGAUGGCGGGGACAGUGGAGGCGGUGCAGGCACUGCAGGUUCAGAGUGGUCACCUUCAGAAGUCCAAAGAGGGUUACCACACCAAGUGUUUGGAGCUGGACCGGCUCAGGAAGGAGGGAGCUCCGCAGAAAGAACUGGAGAAAGCGGAGCUGAAGUCCAAGAAAGCAGCUGAGUCAUUUGCGUUGUGCAUCGAGAAGUACAACCGUGUGGGAGGAGAGUUUGAGCAAAAGAUGAGCGAGUCUGCUCAGAAGUUUCAGGAAAUCGAGGAGAACCACCUGCGGCAGAUGAAACAGCUGAUCAAAGGUUACUCCCACUCCAUAGAAGAUACCCACGUUCAAGUUGGACAGGUGCACGAGGAAUUCAAGCAGAAUGUGGAAAACAUCGGCAUCGAUAACCUCAUCCAGAAGUUUGCAGAGCUGAAGGGCACCGGCAAAGACAGGCCAGCUCUGGUUGGAUUUGAAGAGUACAUGACAGCUUUGGCACCUGAAGCUGGGAAGAAGAGUCGCACAAAAGCCUUCAGGAUUCCCGGCCUGGGCAAGAGGGACAAGGAGCCAGACUCUACAGAUUCAGCUGUGACUGAAGCACCGAAUUCACCCCUGGAAGUAGACGAUGAAGGAUUUGUCAUCCGAGCUGACAGCACCCAGAAUGGCUGCUCUGAGGAGAAAGAGAACAACUUCUACUCCAGCGACUCGGACUUUGAUGACGAGGAACCCAAGAAGUUCCACAUCCAGAUCAGACCCGUGGCGAGCAGCAACCGCAGCAACUCUGCAGCCACAGAGAAGGAGCUGAAAGCUACUGUGGGGGCCCUCACCCUGCCGCCCAACAGAGGGGCCCGGCAACAGGUGGUGAUCAAGCGACAUCUCUCCAGAAACUCAAGUACCGCAGGAGGUCGCUCAGAAGAGGGCGAGGGUGCCUCCCACAGGGAUGGAGAGCAGGAGGGCCUACGCAGGUCCACCUCCAGUCCUGAUCACAGCAGGUUGAGUUCAACAGCAUCAGGAUCAGACAGUCUGUUUGGACCACCGCUGGAAUCGGCCUUUAAGUCCAAAAGCUUUGAUGGUCGGGAACAAUUCAGAGAGCAGAGCACUUUUGGUGCCUCUGAGUAUGCUGCCUUCUCGUCUGACUCCUCCUCUCCGGAGAACGUUGAAGACUCUGGCCUGGACUCACCUUCCCAUCAGCCCCUUGGGCCCUCCCCUGAGCUGGUGGGCUGGGCAGCUUGGCCUCCUGUUUCCCAGAGUAAAGAACAGACCCAAACCCUUGGGCGACCUGUAGACCCUUUCCUCUCUGCCUUCCGUGACCCCUCCCCUGGUCGCAGUCCUCACCCGCAGGACGACUCUGCGAACGUCUGGUCUGCCGCCCCAUCACGUCCCUCUCGCGUCCCCCCAGAUAUGGACACCUCAUCCAUGCAGUUCCCUGCUUUCUCCCAGUCCCUCCCACCACCUGAAAUGGAGUCGUCAGUGUGGAACUGCAAACACAUCCCCCCGGAGGACCCCUUCCUCGCUGCUUUUGAGAGGACAGUCACCCAGGACACCUUAAACCUGUCUGAUGCCUGGGCGCGCCCACCGCCUCGCCCGACCCAGGAGGGCAGGGGGCUGGAGGUGCGAGGGGACCCGUUCUCCGUCACCCUGGCUGACACCAAGACUCUCCCAACCCCCUCUUCCUCCUCCUCGUCCUCUUCCUCAUCCAAUCGUAAAGACAGAGACAGGAAACGAGACCGGAGCCUCCCACCUCCUGUUUCCUCUGAUGACCCGUUUGCGAUCACGAUGAUCGGCAGCCCAACACACCAGUCGGCGCUGGCUGCAGCAGCUGGAAUAAUCCCUCCACACAGCAACAGCAGCAGCAGCGGUGGUGGUGGUGGUGGCGCCGCCAACAGCAAUAGGCUGGGACUUGAUGCCAGUUCAGGCUCUUUACCCCAAUCCCAGCCGAAGAAGGAGCUGAUGCACUGGAACUCUGUUCACAACCCAUUUAGUGAGGGCGUCUCUGGACCGCUGAGCAGCUCCAAAACACAGGAAGGAGGAGGAAAAGGAGAGGGAGGAGGAGAGAGGAGAAAACAUCGAUCAUCAGAAAGUGAGCCACGCAGGAACGCCCCUCCCCUCACGAGGCAUUCUGGCCCGCAAGAGGAUCUGUGUUUUUCCACAGACAAAGACCAAGACUGCCUGGAUCUCAACACUCAGCUGCCGUGUAGUAUCAGCUCUCACAAGGGGUCCAAGCAUAACUUCAGACAGGACACUGCCGAAGUGGUGACGGUUGCUCCUCCGAGAGCAACGAGAGCCAAGAGGACUUCAGGCCGACUCAGCGGCUGUGAGAGAUCGCGGUCGCUGUGCUCCUCCCCACUGCCGGAGCCCAGCCCCUCCCUCACCUCCUCCUCCUCCUCCAGCCCCAGCGAGUGGGGGCCCCAAGCCAGGGACAACGAAUGGGGGGCCCAGAAUAGGGCCCCCAGCCCUGCCAGGGUGGGACAAGCCUCACCGCUGCCCUACCAGCACCAGGACCACCCACAAAGACAGCUGCAUCUCUCGCGAGGUCCCAGUCCCAUUUCCCUCAGCACACAGGAGGCGUGGCCGGUGGCAACAGCCAUAACUGAAUAUAUCAAUGCCUACUUCAAAGGUGGACAACACAACCGCUGUCUUGUGAAGAUCACAGGCGACCUGACUAUGUCCUUCCCAGCAGGCAUCACUCGGAUUUUCACAGCAAACCCAAACGUUCCUGUGCUUAGCUUCAGACUGGUCAACAUCUCGAGGAUCGAUCACUUCCUGCCUAAUCAAAAGCUGCUUUACAGCGAUCCAUCACAGAGUGACCCAGACACCAGAGACUUCUGGUUCAACAUGCAGGCUCUGCAGCUCUACCUGCAGAGAGAAGCUGAACUCAACCCCCAGGCCUCCUACUACAACGUAGGGCUGCUAAAGUAUCAGGUGUCGUCCCAGGACCCGGGUCGGGCUCCUCUCCUGCUGUCUGCGGAGUGCCAACGCAGCGGCACGGUGACCCGGGUGUCCCUAGAUUAUCACUGCUGCCCGGCCACCGCACCCUCCACCCAGCUCACCGCUGUCCAGGUGCUGCUGCCGUUAGACCACACCGCCACAGACCUGCAGUGCCAGCCACCCGCCUCCUGGAACGCUGAGGAAAGACGGCUGCUGUGGAAACUACCAAACCUCUCCCCGACCAACCACAGCAAAGGAUCAGGGACCCUGUGUGCCAGCUGGCAGUGCCUGGAGGUUCCCCGCGGCCCCCCGCCCAGCCUGGCUGUUCAGUUCGUGGGCUCUGGGGCCUCGCUGUCGGGCAUGGACGUGGAGCUGGUGGGGACCCGAUACCGCAUGUCGCUGGUCAAGAAGAGAUUUGCCACAGGGAAGUACAUGGCGGGCUGCUCUUUGUGAACUGUGUAAAACGACCGUCAAGAUCCCUUAAAUGGAUAAAACGUUGCCGGACGUUCAGAGAACUUUGCACUUUUUCAGCGUCUUGAGUCGAGGACCGGACCGAGGUAAGACAGAAGUCCCGGAGACGAGGCGUCGUUACUCGGCCUUCGAAGGACAACGUGCACGCACUUCUGACGGUGUCCUGCUGUUUUAGGACCAAGCCUUUUCUUUUCCCUCCGUUGUUCAGCUCCGUGUUGUUACACUCAGUCGACCUGCCUUUUCCAGGAGGAAAAACUUUUUUUUUCUAUUGAAUCUCUGUUCACUUUGUGUUCUGUGUGCCUUUGUAUUAAGAGACUGCAAACUAAGCUAGAUGUCAGAACUUUUCUUGAUUUACAGAGAGGGAGGAAAAAAAAAAAAAUUGUGUGAAUAAAAGUUAAGCAUAUUUCAGUCUGGAACUUGAGUUGCCAUGGAAACUAGGAUUUUUAAAUUAUGUAUAUAUUGUAUGGAAGAAAUCUGUCAAGCAACCCAAAAGGAUUGAACUGUUUGUGAGCAAAGAUCUUCUACCAAACCGGAGAAAAAGAAAUGUUUGUAAAUCUGCUGUUUGUUCCACAUAGAGGUUUUGUGAUGUUGAUAUUUGAUAAAAAUAAAUGUGCUCAAGUC